GCAUAAGAUAGGACACCGCCACCUGCCCUAUACUAAGCAGUAGUGUCAAUGAUCACCAUCAACAUACGCACUUAAACCAGAACUACCGGAAUCAAAUCCUUUGACCUUUGACGGGAACCAAUGAGAGAAGCGCUGCUGAAGUGCCGGUUGUGUGGAGAAGAAAAGCGAAAGGCUUGAAAAUCGGCUGCUUUUUAACGUUUAUUUCUUGAAAAAGUCAUGUGUUCUGUUCCAUUCAAUUUAGAAAAUGUGGUUACGCACUUAAACCUCUCGGGAAGACUUUCAAACCUCACAAGAAACGUUUAACGUUACUGUGUAAAAGACAGAAGGUGGUAUCGGUUGGAUAGGACAUUAUGCAAGCUAGCUAACAUAGAGAGGAGAGGGUGGAAAUGAGUUCGAAGAGGAGGUACAAGCCCAACAGGGGUGGGGGUCGCUUCAAUAAGCCCCGAGGAGGAGGAGGUAGAGGAGGUGGCAGAGGAGGCGGCGGAGGAGGCGGCGGCGGAGGCGGCGGAGGAGGCAGUCGGAAAGCAGCUUACGGUGACUGGGAUGACGGAGAUGACUUUUGCCUGGAUGCAGGACCUGCCCGCCCGAGCAGGCCUUCUUCCAGCAGAGGAGGACGUGGGUUCAGCACGGGACGAGGAGGAGGGGCUUCCAGCAGAGGAGGACGUGGGUUCAGCACGGGACGAGGAGGAGGGGCUAGGGGUGGUGGGAGGGGGCGGGGCAUGGAUAGGGGGCGGGGCAUGGGGCUGCCAAAGGCCUUCCAGAGUGAGCGGCCCAGGCGGAGGCCGGAGUACAGUGUUGGCGGCGGCGGUGGCAGUGGCAACGGAAACAGUAGCAGCAACGCCCGGCCUAGGGCAGAUCUGCCCCAGAUGCCCCUGCAGAGAAUCCACAUGACCUCUGACAACCAAGCGCAGGUGAUGGAGCUUCUGCGGGAGCUGCAGGAUUGUGAGGAGGACAGGUACUCGGGCUCUGACGCUGAGGAGGAGGAGGGGGAGGAUGAGUACGAUGAGCUGGAUUACCGUGAGGAAGGCCAGUUUUGGGAGACGCGCGACGAGGUGGUGGAGUUUGCAGAGGGCCCGGUGUACGAGGAGGACUCUGAGGAAGAGCAGCCGUCUGCGGAGCCUGCCGUGUCCCUGUUCGCUGUGGGCCGUCUGAGCAGGUACGGCUUUGACCGCGAGCGCAGCAGACAGGCGCUGGAGUCGGGCGGGGGCGAGGUGGGGGCGACGCUGGAGCAGCUGCUGCAGCAGGUGUUCGCCGAGCGGUAUGGGUCGCGGGCGGCCCCCGGGGAGGGGCUGCGGUCCAUCCCCAUGGACGAGUGCCUGGCCCAGCGGCAGGAGGAGGCCAUGGCCCUGUCCGCCAUCUACGGCGACCGCUUCGCCGAGCGCAUCGCCAACAGCGUGUGGACCGUGUCCCUGGACCUGCAGCACCUGACCCCGGGUCCGAGCGCGGGGCCCGACCGGCCCGCGCACAAACACGGCCAGGUCCUGCUCAAGGACGUGUGCAGGUUCUACCUGAAGGGGGCGGGCUGCCGAUUCGGGGACAAGUGCAAAUUCAAGCACCAGCUCCCCACCGACUCCGGGGCCCCCCCCGCGGGCCCCCCCGCGGGCCCCCCCGGCCCCAGCCAGCCCGGCUUCAGCAGCUACUCUGCCCCCGAGUACGAGCUGGAGGUACGCUUCCCCAGGGGGAACCGCUACCCGUUCCAGCCCCCGCUGGUGGCCUUCAGCACCAGCGACGAGCGGCUGGGGGCCGCGGGCCGGCUCCACGUCACAGAGCUGCUGUUUGGGGAGGCGCUGUCCGCCGCCCGGGCCGGCGAGCCCGUCGUUUACACGCUCAUCACCUGCUUCGAGGACGAGAGCAGGAUGAAGGAGCUCCUGUCGGCCGCCCAUCACAAGUACAGCUCCCCGCCCCCUGUGUUGGCGCCGCCGCCUGCGUUGGCCCCACCCGUCGCCGUCACUUCCGCGAAGACCAGGAACGCCAAGAGCACCAGCGCAACAUCGGAGACCCACGUCAACAACAGCAUCACCAACAGUGCUACCAACAGUGUCAACAACAGUGCCGCCAACAGCCGUGGCACGCAAGCGAAGGAGGCUCCAGAGCUGGAGGAGGAGCAGGAGGAGCAGGACGAGGAGGUGACCCCAGUGGUUGUAGAGAGUGAGAGCUACGUUCACCUGAAGAAGAAAAUGGCACAGAAAUAUGAGACCAGAACGGAGGGUCUCCUGCAAGAGAACGGCAAACUGUGCAGGGAGUUCAGCAGGAAACGGUCUUCCAGGCGCUUUAUGGCGAUGCUGGAGCAAAGGCAGAAGCUCCCAGCCUGGCGGGAGAGGGAGAACAUUCUGGAUCUUCUGCGGGAGAGCCAGGUUAUGGUGGUGAGCGGGAUGACCGGGUGUGGGAAGACCACGCAGAUCCCUCAGUUCAUCCUGGACGAGACUCUGAAGGGCCCCGCCGACCGGGUGGCCAACAUCAUCUGCACGCAGCCGCGGCGCAUCUCCGCCAUCACCGUGGCCGAGAGGGUGGCGCAGGAGCGCGCAGAGCGGCUGGGCAGCUCCGUGGGCUACCAGAUCCGCCUGGAGACCGUCAGGUCAUCAGCCACCAGGCUGCUGUACUGCACCACGGGCGUCCUCCUGCGGCGACUCGAGGGCGAAGCCAACCUGCCCGGCAUCACGCACGUCAUCGUGGACGAGGUGCACGAGCGCACCGAGGAGAGUGACUUCCUGCUCCUGGUCUUGAAGGACCUGAUGCUUCAGCGACCCGACCUGAAGAUCAUCUUAAUGAGCGCCACCCUCAAUGCCGAGCUCUUCUCCCAGUACUUCUACAACAGCCCCGCCAUCCACAUCCCAGGUCGCACGUUUCCUGUUGAUCAGUUUUUCCUAGAAGACGCCAUUGCCAUGACAAAGUAUGUGAUCGAGGACGGCAGCCCCUACCAGCGCUCCGGCAAACAGGGCCCCUCUGGGAAACAGGGCCCCCCAGGAAGGCAGGGCCCCCCAGGGAAGCAGCAGGGCUCCAGCAGGGUGGCGGUGGACCAGCUGGAGGAGGACGUCUGGUCCUACAUGUCCUUCCAGAAGACGGACUUUGUGAAGGACUCCAUCCCUGACCAGCAGCUCACGCUGCAGGAGCUCUCUGUCCGAUACAAAGACACUAAGAAGUCUGUUCUGAAGACAAUGGCUGCCAUGGACCUGGAUAAGAUCAACAUGGACCUGGUGGAGAGUCUGCUGGAGUGGAUUGUGAAUGGAGACCAUAACUACCCGCCAGGCGCGGUGCUCGUCUUCCUGCCCGGAUUGGCUGAGAUUAAGAUGCUGUACGAGCAGCUGCAGUCGAACAGGAUGUUCAACAACAGGAAGUGCAAACGGUGUGUGGUGUUACCCCUUCACUCCUCUCUGUCCAAUGAGGAGCAGCAGGCUGUGUUUCAGCGCCCGCCCGAUGGCGUCACCAAAAUCAUCAUCUCCACCAACAUCGCCGAAACCUCCGUCACCAUCGACGACGUGGUCUACGUGGUGGACUCGGGGAAGAUGAAGGAGAAAAGGUACGACGCCGCUAAGAGCAUGGAGAGCCUGGAGGAGUCGUGGGUGUCGCGCGCGAACGCGCUGCAGAGACGGGGCCGAGCCGGGCGCGUGGCCUCGGGCGUCUGCUUCCACCUCUUCACCAGCCACUGCUUCUCACACCUGCUCGCCGAGCAGCAGCUGCCCGAGAUCCAGAGAGUCCCGCUGGAGCAGCUCUGCCUCAGGAUCAAAAUCCUGGACGUGUUCGCGGAGACGUCGCUGGAGUCGGUGUUCUCGCGGCUGAUCGAGCCGCCCUCCCCCGCCGGCGUGGAGGCGGCCGAGCGGCGGCUGCAGGACCUGGGGGCGCUGACGGCGGACGAGAAGCUCACCCCGCUGGGGUACCACCUGGCCUGCCUGCCCGUGGACGUGCGCAUCGGGAAGCUCAUGCUGUUCGGGGCCAUCUUCCGCUGCCUGGACCCCGCCCUCACCAUCGCCGCCAGCCUCGCCUUCAAGUCCCCCUUUGUCUCUCCAUGGGACAAGCGUGAGGAGGCGAAUGUCCAGAAGCAGAGCUUUGCUCUGGCCAACAGUGACCACCUGGCCCUGCUGCAGGCGUACAAGGGCUGGAGUGCUGCCGCCAAGAACGGAAAUCAGGCUGGCUUCCUGUACUGCAGAGAGAACUUCCUGUCUUCACGAGGGCUCCAGGAGAUCUCCAGCCUGAAGAGGCAGUUUGCGGAGCUGCUGUCGGACAUCGGCUUCGUGAAGGAGGGCCUGAAGGCCAGGGUGAUCGAGCGCAUGAGCAGCAGGGGGACGGACGGCGUUCUGGAAGCCACAGGCUUCGAGGCCAAUCUGAACUCAGACAACACCAAGCUGAUGUCGGCUAUGCUGUGCGCUGCCCUGUAUCCCAACGUUGUCCAGGUUCGAGCCCCCCAGGGGAAGUACAAGCUGACCAGUAAAGGAGCGAUGAAAAUGCAGCCCAAGGCCGAGGAGCUGCGCUUCAUGACCAAGAGCGACGGCUGUGUUCACGUCCACCCCUCCUCUGUCAAUUACACGGUUCGGCACUACGACAGCCCGUACCUGGUGUACCACGAGAAGGUGAAGACCAGCCGCGUGUUCAUCCGGGACUGCAGCAUGGUGUCUGUGUACCCCCUGGUGCUGUUCGGAGGGGGGCAGGUCAGCGUGGAGCUGCACAAGGGCGAGUUCAUCGUCUCCCUGGACGAUGGCUGGAUCCGCUUCGCCGCUGCGUCCCACCAGGUGCACCGCGACGUCGCAGACGCACACACACACACACACACACACACGUACAACCACACAUACACAUGCGCACACGUGUGCACAAACACACACGUGCUUGCACACACAUAUAUGCAUACACAAGCAUGCAUGCAUGCACACACAGCACAGAUAUUUAUCAAUUAAAAAUGUUAUGUCUGUAAAUUGUCAUUGUGAUGCCAUUAUAACUGUUUUACAGACUCCCCCAUAACUGUACCACAGUGAGAUUAACCAGAAAUCAGGGGCUUAUAAAAUUACUAACUGGGUUGAUCACAGAAGUCAGGAGCUCAUGUAGUUUGCAGUGCUGAUUUUGGGGGUUGGUCUCACUGUGGUAGUGGAGUGCUGAUGUUGGGGUUUUGGGGUCUCUGUGGUUGUGGGGUGCUGAUGCUGAGGUUUUGGGGUCUCUGUGGUAGUGGGGUGCUGAUGUUGGGGUUUUGGGGUCUCUGUGGUAGUGGGGUGCUGAUGCUGAGGUUUUGGGGUCUCUGUGGUUGUGGGGUACUGAUGCUGAGGUUUUGGGGUCUCUGUGGUAGU